AGAAAAACAUAACUAUAAAAAGGUAAUAAUGGCUUAUAAAUUACAUUGAUUCUAUUUUAAACAAAGAGUUCAGAGAUUUUCAGUAACCUUUAAAAAUGUUUAAUGACUUUAAAUCUGUAGAAUUGAAAAGAAGCUAAAUUUAUUUGUCAUGACAAAAGCUGUACCAUUGGAUAAGCACAAGAGUAUUGAGCUUAGUGGUCUGCAUUCUCUCGGUUUUCCCAUAUCAGAUCAUCUUCCAUCAGAGUAUAUGUACUACUUUUUAUAGUUUACUCUUCUAAGAAAAUUGUAUAAAACUUAUUCCCUCAUUCAGAAUUUCUCAUCGUUUAUGCCCCAAACUGUAUACUGAGCUUAUAGAAAUAAGGUUUGUCAUUUUUUUUAGAACAAGGAGUAUCAAAGUGUUUUUUACACAGAAAUGUAAAUCUUAUUAUCACCAAAAAAAGCUAGAUUAGUCGCUUACGGUAUUUACAAAUCUUGAUAAAUAAUAGCCUUCCACAUUUGACAGAUCUUAUCUUUCCUCAAAAAUCUUUUUAAACUUCAAAGUAGUUUUGAUUCACAAAAUGUUAUGAAAGUAAUGGAGUUCCAUCACUGAUUUCCCCCCAAUGAUAACAUUUUACUUAACCAUAGUAAAAUUAGUCUUAGUAUCAAGACUAAGAAAUUGACUUUGGUAUACCAUUCCAUAAACUGCAGGCCUUAUGUGGAUUUUACCAGUCUCAUCUCUUUAAAAACUUAAUAGACUUUAUUUAGACUUAUUGACAAUAUAUUUUAUGUUCCAUCUAUAUUGUUUAUUGCAGUUUUAAGUUGAUGGCAAAAUUAAGUGGAAAUUACAAUUUCUAUAUAGUCUCUGCUCCUGAACUUGUACAGCAUCCCCUACUAUCAACAUCCCUACCAGGUGGUACAUUUGUUACAUUCAAUGAACCUACAUUGAUACAUUAUUAUCACUCAAAGUCCAUAAUGUACAUUAGAGUUUAUUCAGUGUUGUACAUUCUAUGGGUUUUGACAAAUGAAUAAUGACAUAUAUUCAUCAUACAAAAUAGUUUCAUUGCCCGAAAAAUCUUCAGUGUUUUGUUCAUUCCCCUACUCCCAAUCUCAGGCAACCACUGACCUUUAAUUGUCUCCAAAGUUGUCUUUUCCAGAAUGUUAGACAUUUAGAUCGUUUAAUAUGUAAACUCUUCAGAUUGGCCUUUUUUCACAUAGGAAUUUGCAUUUGGUUUCCUCCCUUUCUUUGCAUGGUUUGACAGCUUAUUUCUUUUUAGUGCUGAAUAACAACAGCCCAUUGUCAGAAUGUGCCCAGUUUAUCUACUCAGCUACUGACUGACAACAAUAAGUGAGUUCCUGCUCUUCCACUUUUGGUGGUCUCAGUGGUUUGGAUUUACUCCAUUCUUAAUAGAUAUCAUUGAUGAAAAAACACCAUCACAAGCAACUUAAAGGGCAUUGGCUGUAAGUAAACAAUGAGAAAACUAAGGCCCACAGAGGUCGAAAUUAGCCUGUGACAGAGCCAGACUUUCAACAAGAGACCUGACCACUGGAUAGGAUUCUAGAGAAAAGAUGCCUACACAGGAAGGAAUCAUGUAAAGAUCCCAUGAGGUUCUUUUGAAUCCCCAUUUCUGUGAUUUCUGUAGUUUUAGGUAGAAGCAGCAUGGUGUAGUGGAAAACGCAUGAGAAGACCUGGAUUUACUACAUCCUGGCCGUGAGCAAAUAUCUCUACGUGUCUCAUAACCUCCCUGGCUGUAACCCUGAGCACCGAUGCUUGACCUACUGAUGGAGGAUGAAGCUGUCCUGGACAGAGGGGCUUCUUUCCUUAAGCAUGUGUGUGAUGAAGAAGAAGUAGAAGGCCACCACACCAUCUACAUUGGGGUCCAUGUGCCGAAGAGCUACAGGAGAAGGAGACGUCACAAGAGAAAGACGGGGCACAAAGAAAAGAAGGAAAAGGAAAGAGUCUCUGAGAACUACUCAGACAAGUCUGACGUGGAAAACGCCGAUGAGUCCGGCAGUAGCAUCCUCAAGCCGCUCAUCUCUCCCGCCGCAGAGCGAAUCCGAUUCAUCUUGGGCGAGGAGGAUGACAGCCCAGCACCCCCUCAGCUCUUCACCGAACUGGAUGAGCUGCUGUCCGUGGAUGGGCAGGAGAUGGAAUGGAAGGAGACAGCGAGGUGGAUUAAAUUUGAAGAAAAAGUGGAAGAGGGUGGGGAGAGAUGGAGCAAGCCCCACGUGGCCACAUUAUCCCUUCACAGCUUAUUUGAGCUGAGGACGUGUAUAGAGAAAGGAUCCAUCAUGCUUGACAGGGAGGCUUCUUCUCUCCCACAGUUGGUGGAUAUGAUUGUUGACCAUCAGAUUGAGACAGGCCUUUUGAAACCCGACCUUAAGGAUAAGGUGACCUACACUUUGCUCCGGAAGCAUCGGCAUCAAACCAAGAAAUCCAACCUUCGAUCCCUGGCUGACAUUGGGAAGACAGUCUCCAGUGCAAGUAGAAUGUUUGCCAGCCCUGAUAAUGGUAGCCCAGCCCUGACCCAUAGGAAUCUGACUUCUGCCAGUCUGAAUGACAUUUCUGAUAAACCUGAGAAGGACCAGCUGAAGAACAAGUUCAUGAAAAAACUGCCCCGUGAUGCAGAAGCCUCCAACGUGCUUGUCGGGGAGGUCGACUUCUUGGAUGCGCCUUUCGUUGCCUUUGUUCGGCUGCAGCAGGCAGUCAUGCUGGGUGCCCUGACUGAGGUCCCUGUGCCCACCAGGUUCUUAUUCAUUCUCCUAGGUCCUAAGGGGAAAGGCAAGUCCUACCAUGAGAUUGGCAGAGCCAUUGCCACCUUGAUGUCUGACGAGGUGUUCCAUGACAUUGCUUAUAAAGCAAAAGACAGGCAGGACCUGAUCGCUGGCAUUGAUGAGUUCCUAGAUGAAGUCAUUGUCCUUCCCCCUGGGGAAUGGGAUCCAACGAUCAGGAUAGAGCCUCCUAAGACACUUCCAUCAUCCGACAAAAGAAAGAACAUGUACUCGGGUGGAGAGAAUGUUCAGAUGAAUGGGGACACUCCCCAUGACGGCGGCCAUGGAGGAGGAGGAGGACAUGGGGACAGUGAAGAAUUGCAGAAAACUGGACGGUUCUGUGGUGGACUAAUUAAGGACAUAAAGAGGAAAGCACCAUUUUUUGCCAGUGAUUUUUAUGACGCUUUAAAUAUUCAGGCUCUAUCAGCAAUUCUCUUCAUUUAUCUGGCGACUGUAACUAAUGCGAUCACGUUUGGAGGACUGCUUGGGGAUGCCACUGACAACAUGCAGGGUGUGUUGGAGAGCUUCCUGGGCACAGCUGUCUCUGGAGCCAUCUUCUGUCUCUUCGCUGGUCAGCCCCUCACUAUUCUGAGCAGCACGGGGCCUGUUCUGGUUUUUGAGAGGCUUCUAUUUAAUUUCAGCAAGGACCAUGAUUUUGACUACUUGGAGUUGCGCCUUUGGAUUGGCCUGUGGUCAGCCUUCCUGUGCUUCAUUUUGGUAGCCACUGAUGCCAGCUUCCUGGUUCAGUACUUUACUCGCUUCACUGAAGAGGGCUUCUCUUCUCUGAUUAGCUUCAUCUUUAUCUACGAUGCUUUCAAGAAGAUGAUCAAGCUAGCCGAUUACUACCCCAUCAACUCUGACUUCAAAGUGGGCUACAAUACUCUCUUUUCCUGUACCUGUAUGCCGCCCGACCCAGUUAAUAUCUCAAUAUCUAAUGACACCACAUUGGCUCCAGAGGAAUUGCCAACUACUGACACGUACUACAAUGCUACCUUUGACUGGGCACUUUUGUCGAAGAAGGAGUGUUUGAAACAUGGAGGCCAGCUCGUGGGGAGCAACUGCGAUUUUGUUCCUGAUGUCACACUCAUGUCUUUCAUCCUCUUCUUGGGCACCUACACCACUUCCAUGGCUCUGAAAAAGUUCAAAACCAGUCGUUAUUUUCCAACCAUGGCAAGAAAACUGAUCAGUGAUUUUGCCAUCAUCUUGUCCAUUCUCAUAUUUUGUGUAACAGAUGCCCUGGUAGGUGUGGAUACUCCAAAACUAAUUGUGCCAAGUGAGUUCAAGCCAACAAGUCCGAACCGCGGUUGGUUUGUCCCACCGUUUGGAAAAAACCCCUGGUGGGUGUACCUGGCAGCUGUUAUCCCCGCUUUGUUGGUCACCAUUCUCAUUUUCAUGGACCAGCAAAUCACAGCUGUGAUUGUAAACAGGAAGGAGCAUAAACUCAAGAAAGGAGCUGGAUAUCACCUGGAUCUCUUUUGGGUGGCCAUCCUCAUGGUGGUGUGUUCCUUCAUGGCUCUUCCAUGGUACGUGGCUGCGACUGUCAUCUCCAUUGCUCACAUCGACAGUCUGAAGAUGGAGACAGAGACCUCUGCCCCUGGAGAACAGCCCAAGUUUCUUGGAGUGAGGGAACAAAGAGUCACUGGAACCCUUGUGUUUAUUCUGACUGGCCUGUCAGUCUUCAUGGCUCCCAUCUUGAAGUUUAUUCCCAUGCCUGUACUCUAUGGUGUGUUCCUGUAUAUGGGGGUAGCAUCCCUUAAUGGUGUCCAGUUCAUGGAUCGCCUGAAGCUGCUCCUGAUGCCUCUGAAGCAUCAGCCUGACUUUAUCUACCUGCGCCAUGUCCCGCUGCGCAGAGUCCACCUGUUCACCUUCCUGCAGGUGUUGUGUCUAGCCCUGCUCUGGAUCCUCAAGUCAACCGUGGCUGCUAUCAUUUUUCCAGUCAUGAUCUUGGCACUGGUAGCCGUCAGAAAAGGCAUGGACUACCUCUUCUCCCAGCACGACCUCAGCUUCCUCGAUGAUGUCAUUCCAGAAAAGGAAAAGAAAAAGAAGGAAGAUGAGAAGAGAAAGAAAAAGAAGAAAGGAAGUCUGGACAGUGACAUUGAUGAUGAGAAAGAUCACCAACAUUCCUUGAACACCACACAUCAUGCUGAUAAAAUUCCUUUUCUUCAGUCACUGGGUAUGCUCAGUCCUCCUAAAACUCCAGUACAAGGUGUGCCUCAGAUCAGAAUAGAACUUGAGCCGGAUGACAAUGAUGAUUACUGGAGGAGCAAGGGAACAGAAACUACAUUGUAACUUGUUUGUCUUUCCUCAAACUAACAGAUUUUGUUGUUCAUGGUCUUGUUUUUUUUUUCAUCUGGUUGUUUAUUUUUAAUUCUUGUUUUGUUUUGGGUUUUGGUCAUUGGCCAAAUAGUACAGUGCUCUCUCUGCUUCUCCCUAGCGUAAGGUAAAACUAAGACAGUAGUGCACCAUUCCUGAAAAACAGCACCUGAAGAGUCCCCCUUUUCAUUAUAUGUUCAGAUGUAUCCUCUGACAACCAAAUUCCUCUGUCAUGCAAGACACGCACAGACCCGGUUCUUUUCCUUUCUUAACCAGAGGUCAAAAGUAUUAAGGAUUUUAUAACACCUUCUAUUUAAAUACUGAAGGAACUUACCACUUGAGCUUUGGAGCUGUGCUUACUGGCUUGUCUUUCUGUCUGGCAGAACAAACCUUGAUCUGCAGACAGUUUCCUCUCGCUUACGGAGCUCUCCAGAACUGGAAAAGUGCUGCUAUUCUAAUUUGCUCUUGCUUAGGAACCCUAAUCCUAGAAUUCUCAAAAGAAGAACAACUAAAGGUACUUUAUUCCCUGUAGCGAAACUAUUGCCAUCAUUGUAGCAAGUGCUGGAAUGUCCCUUUUUCCUAUGCAACUUUUUUUAACCCUUUAAUGAACUUAUCUGUUGAGUACAUUUGAAGAAUAUUUUUCUUCCUAGAUUUUGUUGUUUAAAUUAUGGGGCCUAACCUGCAACUUAUUUUUUUGUCAAUUUUUUAAACUUUUUUUUAAUUACUGUAAAAUAAUGAAUUUUUUCCUGCAGCAGGAAACAUAGUUUUGAGUAGUUCUACCUCUUAUUUGUAGCUGCCAGGCUUUCUGUAAAAAUUGUAUUGUAUAUAAUGUGAUUUUUACACACAUAUACACACUCAUACACACACACACACACACAUACACACACAAUCUUUAAGGUAAGCCAGAGGGCUAGAUCAGAGGAAAAACACCAUGUUUCUAAGCAUCGAUUUCCCCUUUCCUUAAAAGAAAUUUAUCUGUUCUGUGAAGGAGAAUGGGGGAGAAGGGAGAAGCUCCUAUGUUAUGGGAAUAACUGAUGCUUUGAUAACAGUACUAUCCAGGCACAGAUGCUAAUUGUAUUAUCAUGUCCAUGUCCUAUGCAGUAUUGUUAGAUUUUGUUUUUUCACUUUGAAAUAUUUGUGUGUUUGUGUAUAUACUCUGUGUGUGGCUGGUGCAUAUAUGCAAAGUUAUGGACAGAGUAAUGGUAGGCAAAGGGCAAAGUUACCCAGCCUCUUGUGUCAGUUGUCAUAAAACCCAAACCAUAUAUGAAAAAUCCAUCGGAGGUCUAAGAGACUUACGGUCAUGUAAAUGAGGGUGGAUAUAUUUUAUUAUUCAGAUAUUAGUAACCAUCACUGAUACAGUAGCCCAUAAUUACAAUACAAAAUUCAUAGAAAUAUCAGUAGACCAUUUGCACAUUUAUAAAGUGUUUAUGGCAUGACAAAUAGAUCUGCAGAGGUGUAUGUGUAUACAUUGUAAUAAGACUUACACAUUUUUUAGGAUGGAAAGGCAAUUCCUUGUGAUUGGGAAAUUUAGAAUAUAUAAAUGUGUAUGUGUGUACGUAUGUGUGUAUAUAUAUAUAUAUAUAUAUAUAUAUAUAUAUAUAUAUAUUAUAUAUAUAUAUUACAAAGUACCAUUUUGAAAAUUAGAAAAAAGACAAUAUUAAUUAAAUUACCAUGUUAUUUUAAUAUAAUGCUUUUAAUAGGUUGAAUUACGUAUUAUGAAUCUGCAUUAAAAAUGUUAAAAUGUUGAAUCCCUAUUUUGGGGUCAUAUGGUCACGUUUUGUGGUGCAUCCUAAGUAAAAUAGAUUGUCAGAAGAGUUCAGAAACUGAACGAAGCCACCUAUUUUGGUUUCAUAAUAUAUACAUAGUGAUUCCUACUUAUUUUUAUAUUAAUUAAAUUAUAAUACUGCCCUCUUAAAAUUCUGAUUACAAAAAAUUUAUUCUGAAUUAGCUGUUUCUUUUAUAGUACCAGAUAAUCUUAAAACCUUCAAUUUUAUACAAAUUAGAUAUAAAUGACCUGCAGUUUUUUCAUUCAAAUGAAAGUGGCAAAUUACUUGUUAUUUAUUAAAACCUCACAUGCUAAAUUUUGGCUUGUAUUUACAACUAUUCUUAAAAUGAUUACUCUCUAUAUUAUAUAGCUUUUUCAUUAAACUAAGAUAAAAUUAGAAGCUUUCCCCCCUUUUUUUUAACUGAUAGAAGCACCAGUAAAAUGUUUGAAAGCCAUGCAUAAUAUAUUCAGCCUAACCUAAAAUCUUGUCAAAUUAAUGACAUUUUUGUUCAUUUUUAUAAAAUCUAGCUAUAAUAAUUUAUUUUUCUUAUCAUGAAUCAAGUAUUUGAGGAUUCAUGCCCCUCUCCAUCCCUUUAAAAAAAACCUCCUAAAACAACUUAAUUCAGCCUUUGAGUAGAUCUAAAAGUUAUCUGCACCUCUGUGUAUGAUGCAUGUUCAAUGACUGGUUGAUACUUACAAUAUGAAUGUGGAACAAUACGUUAUGUUUGCUAAAAGGAUCAUAGGUAUCAAACCUUUUCAAUAUUUUGGGACCCAGGGACAUAUUUAAAAAAUCAUAACUUUCAGAGGAAUAGAAAUAGUUACCCAACAAACAAAACCUGAGGUCCACACAGAGCCACCAAAUUAUUUCUAUCUCAAUUGAAUUUACUCAUUAUUUAAGAACUAACCAGAUUGUGUGGUUUUGUUUCUUUGUAAACUGGACACACAGAAUACACUGGUAAAAUUUUACAAAGUGUUUCUCCCUGAUGUGAAUACGGACAAAAAAAGAUGUAAGUUGUUAGAAGUAAAGAAGUAAGUAACUAAGUGUACACUCAGAAUUGUUAACCGGAACGCUUGGCUGUACACACUUAUUGUUGGAAGGAAAGAUCACUAGGCCAAGAGUCUGCCUUAUGGAAACAAAAGGUCUCUGGCUUUGCAUUUGAAAGAAAAUAUCUUGGAGGCACCGUUUUCCUUGAUGAAAGUCACUCUUCUCUACUAUGUGAAACCAGGACUUGGAACCCU